GCUAAUCCGUCAGUUUGUGAUACCAGGGAGGAUCGGCCCACAAUUACUCUCGUCAAGGACAUAUUAUGUAGGUAAAUGGAAAAUACUCGUUUGUCCACCUUUCCAGACGUCUCAUUCUGUUGAAAGAACCCAGACCCAGCUCAAAACCCGAAUUUCCAUCCGACCAGCCACUUAUUUAUUUUCAACACCCACCAGCAGGACAAUGGGAGUUGCCGAUGACCUGACCAAGAACGGGGAGUUUAUCCGGAAGGAUUCCCUAUUUCGAAACUUUGUGAAGAAGGGAGACGGAGAAUUUCCGCCUGAGAAGAACCGCUACCACUUGUACAUCAGCCUCGCGUGCCCUUGGGCGCAUAGAACUCUGAUUGUCCGGAAGUUGAAGGGCCUAGAAGACGUGGUCGGCCUCUCCGUCGUCCACUAUCUCAUGUUGGAGAAUGGUUGGGAGUUUACAGAUGGGCCCGGCUGCAUCCCCGACACGGUCAACAACUUCAAGUUCAUUCGGGAGCUCUACUUUCAAAGCGACCCAAGCUACUCUGGCCGAUUCACUGUCCCAGUUCUUUACGACACAAAAACCAAGAAAAUUGUCAACAAUGAAAGUUCCGAAAUCGUGAGGAUGUUUAACUCGGAAUUCAACGAGUUCUCAAAAUCGCCCGAGCUGGACUUAUACCCCGAAGCAUUGCGAUCUCAAAUUGACUCAUGGAAUGAUGUCAUUUAUCACGGGAUAAACAAUGGGGUGUACAAGGCUGGGUUUGCCUUGACUCAAGAGGCCUACGAACCAAAUGCAAAGUUGGUGUAUGAAACCAUGCUUAAAGUAGAGGACUUGGUAGCAAAGGGGCCGGGACCAUUCCUUUUUGGAGAGGCGUUGACGGAGACGGACAUUCGCCUUUUUACGUCUCUCAUCCGCCACGACCCCGUUUACUAUUUCCACUUCAAGUGCAACCUGACGGCCGUGAAGGACCUUCCGAAUCUGUCCCUGUGGCUGAAACGGAUGUAUGAACAUGGCGAAAUCAAGGAGACGGUCAACAUGGAACACAUUAAGAAGCACUACUUCAGUUCUCACUUGCAGAUUAACCCCACAGGUGUGGUCCCAUUGUAUAAUGGACCUAUUAUUGGGAAUUAAUCGUCACAUCAGAAGCCUGCAUAAUGCAUAUCAUCACGUACAUGUAUACAUAUAUAUACCGAUGUACUUACUUAAUUUACGAUAACUUCCUUAUACUUGUAUUUCAAUUGAGGAAACUAUUUGGGAUAUUCAUAAAUAUGUAAAACUUUAUUUGUUCCAAAAGGCUUUUGUGCACAUUAUUGAAGUAAUAUAAUGAUAAUAAACUAGUUAUAGCAUGAGUAGAGCUAUAUGUGUGCAAUAACG